AAAACUGAGCUGUCAUCGUAAAAAUUCCAACAAAUUCGGUCGCAAAGCUGUAGUUAAUUAGAAAAGUGAAUAUUAAAGUAUGUUGUGGGUUUUUAAUAGAAAGAAUUUUGAUGAAAUAGUUAUGUUAAAUGUUUCGUAGUUCUUUCGGUUUUACAUUUUUUGGAAAAUAAUAUGAAAAAGGACACCAGUCUGAUGAAAAUCGAUGCCAGUGGAUAUCGCGUAAUUUGUGAUCUAUUUCGUGAAUACAUACCAGCACAAAUAUUGCUACCCUCUUCAUAAUACGUAUUUAUUCUUUGAAUCGUGAUUAGUUCGUAUUACAUGAAGAUAAAAAUCAAAUAAAGUGAAGGGUGCAUUGUAGUCUAGCCUAAGAAAAAAUAAUAAUUGUGUCUGUACAGUGCGUACCUACUGAUAUUGCUUAUUCAUAAUAUUAAGAAGAAAACAGCUCUAACAAUCAUUACUACGUGUCAGUACAUUUAUGUUCUGCGGUGAAGGUGGUAAAACGAGAUCUGCAUAAUUCGCAAUAGUGAUUGGUAGUGAGUUUAAACUUGAAACACCCACUUCUGAUACGGUUCUAGCAACGCCUCUUAAGAAUCUGAUCGACACAGCAAUGAAUGCUUUUGCUGUAAUGGUGAAACUAGACAGUUGAUGAGCUAAUAACAUCAGUGCCCCAGUGAUCUAAGGAAACGGUAUGGAAAAAUUCCCCCUGAAAGGAACCAAUAUUUCCACAUCAGCAACGGUGGUCGGCAGUCAUCCAUUGAGCGGAGAUCACCCUUCUUAUCAAGCGGUUGGGCGUAAGACUGCAUCGCCAACUAAUGAGAGGAGUUUCAUAAAUACGACUUCGCUCACAUCGGACGACGAAAUGAUUGACAUUACGCCAAAUAACGUAAGCAAUCCCAACUAUCAGUACCACUCGUCCUCGAACGGCGGUGGCAGUCGGGAGGACGGCGUGGGUGGAGAAACAUUAGGUGCCACUGGAAGCGGAUUGGGAGGCAGUCUGCACGCCGGCAGUGAUAACAGUGUGAGGACAUCGCCCACGCACAGCCGAUUUGGGCGAGAUUUUCAUUCGGAUCAUGAAGAUUCUGUAACUGCAGUAUCGUUUUCCAGUCUUGCCGAAGGUAUUUCGUUUUCCGGAAUGACCGACAACAGUGACGAUAUUCCCGGCAUUGGUCAGUAUGAUGAUUUUCAUACGAUCGACUGGCAGCGGGAUAUAGCCCGCGACCGGAUGCGACAUCGAUACAUCGUGAAAAAACGACAGGAUUCAUUUUGGGAUCUGAUAAAGGGAGCUCAUGAUGCCUCAUCUGGUUGGGUUUGUGUCUUAUUGGUAGGAUUGUUCACCGGUUGUGUGGCUGGCGUGAUUGAUAUUGGUGCCAGUUGGAUGACAGAUUUGAAGUUCGGAAUCUGCCCGCAAGCUUUUUGGUUGAACAGGGAGCAAUGCUGUUGGUCAUCCAACGAAACUAGUUUCGUCAGCGGUAAUUGCUCACAGUGGCACACGUGGUCGGAGAUAAUCGCAUCGACUCGCGAGGGCGCGGGCGCUUAUAUCAUAUCAUACUUUUUCUACAUUGCGUGGGCAAUGUUGUUUGCCUUGUUGGCAGCCUCUUUGGUGCGCAUGUUUGCUCCUUAUGCAUGCGGUUCCGGUAUACCGGAAAUCAAAACUAUCCUGUCAGGAUUCAUCAUACGAAGCUAUUUGGGCAAGUGGACGCUCAUCAUAAAGUCCGUCGGCCUCAUAUUGGCCGUAUCAACAGGUCUUAGUUUAGGUAAGGAAGGCCCAAUGGUGCACAUAGCAAGCUGUAUAGGAAACAUAUUGUCCUACUUGUUUCCAAAAUACGGUAGAAACGAGGCAAAGAAGCGCGAAAUCAUAUCAGCAGCAGCGGCAGCUGGAGUCUCCGUGGCUUUUGGCGCACCAAUAGGAGGGGUUCUCUUCAGUUUAGAAGAAGUUUCUUAUUACUUUCCGUUGAAGACGUUAUGGAGAUCGUUCUUCUGUGCGCUGAUAGCCGCCUUUAUAUUGCGAUCGAUUAAUCCAUUUGGCAACGAGCAUUCAGUGUUGUUCUACGUGGAGUAUAACAAACCUUGGAUAUUCUUUGAGUUGGUGCCGUUUAUUGGACUUGGAAUAAUUGGGGGUUGCAUCGCUACACUUUUCAUCAAGGCCAAUCUAUGGUGGUGCCGCUUUAGAAAGUACAGCAAGUUGGGACAGUACCCGGUGACCGAAGUUCUUGCCGUUACAUUCAUCACCGCGGUUAUUGCUUAUCCAAACCACUACACACGAAUGAACACAAGCGAGCUGAUCUACCUAUUGUUUAGCCAGUGUGGCAUCUCCAACAGCGAUUAUCUAUGUGAUUAUAAUCGUAAUUUCACCGAUGUGAAGAAAACCAUCGAAAUCGCUGCCGCUGGCCCGGGAGUAUACAAAGCGAUAUGGCUGCUAACGUUGGCACUGGUCAUGAAACUGGUUAUGACCAUUUUCACGUUUGGUAUGAAAGUUCCUUGUGGACUCUUCAUUCCAUCGCUAGCUCUGGGAGCCAUCGUGGGUCGCAUCGUCGGAAUCGGAAUGGAACAACUGGCAUACCAUUAUCCAAAGAUCUGGAUUUUCUCUGGAGAAUGCUCAACAGGUGACGAUUGUAUUACACCGGGUUUGUAUGCCAUGGUAGGAGCAGCUGCAGUUCUAGGAGGUGUGACCAGAAUGACAGUUUCACUUGUGGUCAUAAUGUUUGAACUGACCGGAGGAGUGAGGUAUAUCGUACCUCUCAUGGCAGCAGCAAUGGCAUCCAAAUGGGUCGGAGACGCUCUCGGAAGACAGGGAAUAUAUGAUGCUCACAUAGCUCUAAACGGUUAUCCAUUUUUGGAUAGUAAAGAUGAGUUCCAGCACACUACUUUAGCAGCUGAUGUGAUGCAGCCAAAGCGGAAUGAAACGCUAUCUGUAAUUACUCAGGACUCGAUGACGGUGGAUGACAUCGAGACCCUACUUAAAGAGACUGAGCACAACGGCUAUCCUGUAGUUGUGUCCAAAGAAAACCAGUAUCUCGUGGGAUUUGUUCUGCGGAGGGAUCUCAAUCUCGCCAUAGCGAAUGCCCGACGGAUGAUCGAUGGCAUAGCAGGACAAUCAUUGGUGAUAUUUACGUCGGCGCAGCCGGUUCAAAACCUUGGACCAUCGCCAUUGAAACUGAAGAAAAUCCUUGAUAUGGCACCAAUCACUGUGACUGACCAAACCCCAAUGGAAACUGUCGUGGACAUGUUCCGCAAGCUGGGGUUAAGGCAAACUCUGGUGACACAUAACGGUCGGCUCCUGGGAGUGAUCACCAAAAAAGAUGUCCUACGGCACGUUAAACAAAUGGACAAUGAAGAUCCCAACACGGUUCUGUUCAAUUAGGAAAAUUAGCUUCCAAUAACACCCCACUUGAGUCCUACUUAAAAUUACGAAUUUGUAGCAAAUCGCAAUGUUUCACAUUUUUGAGUUGUAUUUAUUUAGCACACGAAAACGAAACAGGAACCCUUCCCAGAAAAAAAUGAGUAUUGCAUGAAUGACUAAACUGUCUACAGGACAAAACCACAAAUUCAUGGUAUGAAAUAGGAAUCAAAUUUUAUUACUGAUACUGAUAUUUUUAUAGUUUAAUUUAAAAUCAGUUGAAAUUUUUGUCCAAGUAUAAAUAGUGAGGAAAGAACAUCAUACAAUAUAUACACUUCUGUUAUCAAAUUCAUAGUAUACAUAGUUUCAUUCUAAAUAUAUUAUUCAGAAGAGAUGAUUGGAAAAUAUUUCGAUCAGUUGAUUUAGGCUGUUUUUGAGUAUUAGAAAGGUAGAGUAAAUGAAAGUAAAGCAACUAAAUUGUAUAAAUUUUAUACAGCGUUAACCCAUUUUUGUAUUGUAUAUUGAAGGGAAAUGCAAGCUUCUAUAGGUAAUAGUUUGGAUAGCUCAUACUAAUGACAGUGCGAUACUCAUGAAGCUAUCGGUUGUAAUUGUUUCCUAUAGAAUGUUGAGAAGUCGCUUUACUCUGGAAAUCCAGCCAAGUCAAAUGCAGCAUAAUUCAAUGGGAGAUAAUAAAGUUGUAUAUUUAUGUACUAAAACAUA